GUUUUUAAGGUAGCCCCCACUAGGGUGGCCCCUGUAAGGGUACUUUAACUUAUCCACCCGUAAAAAUGUCCUAGAUGAAUUCUAAAAUAAGUCUUUUGAUAUAUAACGUCUCAUAUUCUGGUUCCUUUGGUCUUGAAAACUCAAUUCCAUUUCAUUCAUCAGUCCAUGUCACAGUCCAUUUGAAGUCCACCACGAAUACACACGUAGGAAGUUUAAACAUCAGAUUUGCGACUUGGAUUAAAUCAGGCAGUGCGGGAUCAGUAGUAUCUCAGCAUUGGUCUACUAAGAGAUGGCUCAUUUCGUAGUUGCAACAUUAGCAUGCCUUGCGACAAGUACGUACGCGCUACCAUCGGCAAGAAAGGGAUGUGCGGUAACGACAGAAUGGACCGGUUGGAAGGAUAUCAAACAUGCCUUCAUCUUUGGGGAUAGCUACACACAGACAGGAUUCAACUAUACGCAAACCCCUCCUUCACCUUCUAAUCCGUUUGGGAACCCUGAAUAUCCUGGAUGGACAUCGUCGAAUGGGCCCAAUUGGGUUGGGUAUCUUACCGUCAAGUAUAAUGCGUCACUCUUACAAACUUACAACCUGGCCUACGGAGGUGCGACUGUCGACUCAGAUCUUGUUAAGCCUUAUAUGCCUACCGUCUUAUCUGUUAAGCAACAGGUACAGGAAGAGUUUAUCCCGGGCUACAUAGGUACUUCUGCUAAAGCUCCAUCUGCACCUAAAUGGACGAGUGCGGAUUCUAUCUUUGCCUUCUGGAUUGGUAUCAAUGACGUUGGGAACUCGUAUGGGUCUGGACCAGAAUCCUCGGGCCCCUUAUACACCAAGAUCUUUGAUGUUUACUCAGGCUUAGUUGAUCAGCUUUAUAACAGUGGCGCCAGGAAUUUCGUCUUCAUUAACGUCCCGCCUGUGGACCGCAGUCCAUUAACUGUUGGCCAGGGUAAAGAAUCUGUGGAUACGGAGAAAGAAGCGAUCGCAGAUUGGAACAAACGAGUAGCAGAUACGGCCUCUACAUUGAAGAGCAACCAUACAGACGAAGUCAACGUUUGGGUUUAUGACUCAAACAAGAGCUUUGCCGAGGUUUUGGAUAAGCCAAGUACAUACGCGGAAACUGCAGGCCUUAAGAAUACCACUGAUUAUUGCAACGCGUAUCAGAAUGGCACACCCGAUGACGACACGUUUACUCCUAGCUGUGGAGUUGCCGUAAACGAAUAUUUCUGGCUCAAUAACUUGCAUCCGACGUAUCCCAUCCAUGAUGUAGUUGCUAAGCAGGUUGCAGAGGCUUUAUCGGCAGGGCCGGAUGUAUGUUAAAGCGUACUUGGUUAGAACCGAAACAAAGGAUAUGUAUAUUAAAUCAAUAAGCAUGCAAAAGUUCCCUAGAUAUUUCAUUAUUCUAACCUAGAUUAUUCUAAAUGACAUAGUUGAAAGAUAACACUAAAACGUAACGGA